AUGAGUUGUCUUGUGAAAUGUUGUGAUUAUUGCAUACCAGCUGUAAAGGGGUAUCUUGAAUGUAUCUGUCCGUGGAUUUACCGCAUAUUCUUUGGCACUGGUCGAUGUGAAUGUGUGGCCAUAAGAACAGUGUUGGGUCUCGCCUUCGGUGGUCUGCUUGGUGCAGGCCUUUAUGUCAGUAUUGUAGACAAACUCAAUUAUCCAGAACAAGAGCGUCAAUUGUUUGGCGGAGUUCUAACCCUGCUUUUAGCUCUUGGAUUUGCCUGCUCAGUUCAGGUUCGAUGUAUUGUUCUACUUAGCGUGCCAACUUUCUUUGGGCGGUUUGGGCGAAGUCUCAUCACAAGUUAUGCCAUAUUUUUAUUGGUAACUGGUCCGAUGAAUAAUAUUAUGCUGAACGCAGAUGAGUCAUCUCGGGCUAUUUCAUGUACAACUGAUCUAACAUUCAACCACAGUAAAGAAAUCUUCCAGUUACUCUACAAACCCUUCCAUGAUGCCUUCAUAGAUGCUGGGAUUCAACAGGAUGCAAUUGAUGACGAUGCUGAGACAAUGAAAAGUGAAUUUCGACAAUAUGUUGAGGAGAUUGAAGGGGAUCGUUUUGAAAAACUGCAAAAGUUUGACGAGGAAGAGAAAACUAGCGACUCAGUCGAACAAGGCUUCAAUUUAAAGAGCCUCAGAAGAUGUAAAGAUGUUUUUGUAGAAGGUUUAGCAGACUGUGAACCAGCUUAUCAUAGAGUAUGGGCUAAGUGCAAAAAACGUUACCCCGUGUGGCACUUGAUUGUCUGUCUGCCAUUGCAUGCAUUUACCGUCUGCUCACUGCUUAGAUUGCUGGAGGGAUUCUGUCCUUCAUUACCCAAUCAACCAAAGAAAACCAUUGAGAUGUUUAUGAGAGUCAAGAAUGGAUUUCAAUCAUUGACCAAAAACUUCAAAGUCAAGCUCAAAUGGAAAGUAAGACGGAUGCAUGUUGUUGAUUUUUGUCUUCUUGUCGUUGUUAAAUGCAUGCUGCUACCUUUGUUGUUGUUGCUUUUGUGUCAGUUGUUGUAUUGUUGUGAAACUGUUGAUCUGAUAAUUGACUAUAAAGUGAAAAAAUUAAUGAAAAAUGACUGUGAUAAUUUAUAUUCCAUACAAUAUUGGUGUUCCCUGAUAAAAGAUUCCCUGAAACAAGAACCAAAGAAUCAAACCUGCAUUAUCGCUGACCUUAACCAAAGUUGUAUUAAACACAAACCACUUUUUCUUCAACAGCCAAUCCACUUUCCAGUAGACCUUUUGAACAGUACAGCAAUUGAAGCCGUUGUUCGUAAAAUGAACCAUGAGAUUCACCUAAAGAAGCAAUGGCUGGAUGCUUUGGUUUUCAUUGUUGAGGUUCUGCUAUCCUUCGCAUUUGUUUUGGUGUUCAUCAGUGCUAGUGGUUACAACACCAAGUACCUUAAAGACAUUGACUUUGAUAAUGUAUACAUGACGGCCUACUUCAGGAGGAUUGAUGCCCGUAGAAAAAAACAGAACAAGAGAACAUUGCUUCCUUUGAAGAAAGCACAGAAAUCAGACAUCAUUGAGACAGUUCGUUGGAAGUUGAGAAAAGAAGAGAAAAAAUCAUCGUUAAUGGGUUUCAUGAGACUCACCAUGCGAUUAGUUGUGACCGUUGCCAUGGUAUUCUUUGACCAUCUCUUCUUUCUCAUGCUGGAUCUAAUUGCAAGAAAUAGUCAAUUGGACUACAAAUUCAAAGGGGAGCAUAGACUAGAAGUAAAAGUUGAAGGAACAGGAAUCGUUGCCCAAAUGUUUAAAAAAGUUCUCUCAUCAUUUAGCCACCAACACAGCAUAUCUACAAUUGCAACAAACAAACAAUGUCUACCAGUGCCGAGUGCCCCUAAUAACAAGAUGACUAUGAUGGUAUUUGCUGCUUGGGGUGCAGUAUGGCUAUCCCUUUACUUUGAAGCCUAUGCACUACGUCUUCGUAGAAUCAUCUGUGCUUACUUCUAUCCGAAGAAAGAAAAACAACGAAUUGUGUUCUUGUACAACGAACAGCUGAAAAAGAAAAGUGGUUUUUUGAAGCACUUGAGGUACACAGUCAGGCAACUUGCUAAGGAGAAGAGACUUGGGGCAAAGAUUGGAACCCUAACUACUCUGUACAUUCAUUGGCCAAGACUGUGUGGCUGGCUAGGAAUAUUCGGUCUUGGCAAAAGAUCUUGCCUAAUCUGUGAUGAAAAGGAGAAUAAGGACUUUCACAAGUGUUCAACGGAGGGUUGUGACUUCGCCUAUUGCUGCGAUUGUUGGAGGGAUAUCAAGAAAGUCUGCUAUGCCUGCAAGAUUUCUAAAGACACGUAUGAUGGGGAGGUUGAGUUCCUGUCAGAAUCUGAAUGAUGCUUGAAAUCUGAGCAUGUUGAGUAACCCACUUCAGCAGAGACAACAUGAGGUUUCACUCAUCGCAAACCCAGAACUACAAGUCUCAAGAUGGUUGAAAUUUUGGAUGAGGUUUUAUCAUAACAAAAAAAAGUAGGAGAAAGUGAUGUAGUACAUGAAAUAAUGAUUAAUUCUGACAAUUGAGAGGGAAUGAGAAAUGGGGCCAUAGAAACAGGGAAGGAGUGGCAUCUUCUAAACUGUUUCCUGUCUGAUAUUCAGUUUUUCCCUUCCAGAGGUUAGUGACAAGAGGUAUUAAGACGAUUGCUGCCAGUGGCAAUCAGGCUAUAGGUACAAUUCAACUGAAUUCAAGAGGUAUAAUAAUAAUAAUAGUGGCUUCUUAUAUAGUGCGCAUAUCCAUCACUCAGUGACGCUGAAGGUGUUAAACUUGUGGGACUCUGUGUGGAUUAUGAGACCUACUCCUUUUACACAACACCAUGUAAUGGUUUACAAGGUGCCGUGGCGCAAUAGCAAG